CACACCUCUGCCCCCUUAUCUGCCCCUGGAAGUCGUGCAUCUGUCCAUUGGCUAUAGUCUACACCGCCGUUCGAUGAGGUAUUCAAAUGCUUUUCAAGUCCACCAAAGUUCCUCCCCCUGCUUAACCGAAUCCUCUUUUGUCUUUCUGCAGCUUCCGUCUGUUGCGUCGGGCGGUCACCAACAUAAAAGUUACUUGUACGAGUACUUGUAUGCUCGGAUGUCUGAGACCACACCCCACACAGACAGGGCCGGCGGGCAUCGGUCUGAACGCCACAGCCAAUCGACUUCUUGCUUGUUUUAGGUGCGCCUCUUACCUCCUGCCUCUCUGUCCCUCACCGUGUCCGAGGAAACAUGAGCUGCCACGGUGUUCGAGCAAGAAAAACGGGGAAUCCUCGAUUGAGACUUUUUUUCGCUUAUUUUCUCCUCCUGUUUCCGCUCCUUCUCCCGCGUCCCCCCGUUCUUCUCCCCUUGCUUCUGCUUGUUCAACCUACCGGUACAUGCCGAUAACUAAAUUUUAUCUUGUUCUCGACCAACUUGCUCGCAUAUCUGUACAUAUUAUACAUAAUCGUGCACCACCCGCCCCGUCUGGGGUUAAUUCUUUUCCCUUUGUAUUUUUUUUUGGCGCAUCAAGGGUUCAUUGCACAAUCUUCCUACGAUAAAGAGGGAUAGGGAAGGAGAGAGAGAGAGAGAGAGAGUUUCCUCUUCACCCUCGCCGGUCAGUUAACCUACCGUGCUACCCUACUUACAGCAACAGAGGGAGCUUCACCAGACGUCUCGUAAGAGAUGUCCGACUCCCACCAAUCAAUGCCUCCAUCCCCGCCUUCGCAGCUCCCAGCUUUGGAUACCGAGGCGGACGUUAGUUUUUGCCUCUUCCACCACCACAAUCUCACUUGUCACGAAAAAUGCUGAUGUGUGUUUGCUUGUUUGCCAGCCACAUGACUACUCUGAUGUUGAUUCUGGCUUUGGUGCUUCUAUCCCGAGGACGUGCGUAACUUUACCCUUUGUCCUACCAGUCGACGUGCAUCAUGCAAUGCCUGCGGCUGACUGACAGAACGGGAGCCAGUGAGAACAGCUAUUCCGUGACAACGGGCUCUGGAGUUUAUCCCUACGUUUAUGAAAAUGGACGUCGCUAUCAGGUUUAUCGUGAAGGGGUAUAUAUGCUUCCCAACGACGUUGAGGAAAUUGAGAGAUUGGAUCGCUUUCAUGAUGUAUUUCUCGCCUUGUUGGAUGGGAAGCUUUGCAUUGCCCCGGUGGGACAGGGCGGGCAUAGGAUGAGACACGUAUUGGAUAUCGGGACGGGGACGGGGACUUGGGCAAUCGAGAUGGCUGAGUGUGUUUACCCGAUAAAUCUUGUCUCGCAUAAAGUGUUGGCUACUGUAAACUGACGUCUUGGUCACAGGGAGUUUCCGGACGCCAAAGUGAUAGGGAAUGAUCUUAGCAAGAUACAGCCGCCAUGGUAAGUUUACGGUUUCUGCUUCGCCCCGCUUGGUCACCUGGCAUCAUCCUUAUUAGCCGGAGGGGCAAUAGGGGUAACCCUGUUUUGUCUGGAGUGAAGGGUAGGGGCUAACGCAGGCCGCCUGGUUUGCGUGGGGGAUAUUUGUAUAGGGCCCCUAAGAACUGUGAAUUCGAAAUCGACGAUGUCGAAAGUGACUGGACAUAUCCCGAAAACCACUUUGACUUCAUCCACCUUCGAAGCUUAAGCGGGUGCUUUAAAGAUUGGGACAUGGUGCUAAGGAGAUGUUACGCGUAAGUCAUCCACUGUUCGCUGGGACCUCCGUGCCGUCCAUCAAUCUGACGAGCCUCCCCUCAGUCAUACCGCCCCCGGCGGAUACAUCGAGUUCCAAGACUACGACGCUAUCCUCAAUUCGGCAUUAGGGGCCAUACCAGAUGGUGCCAUCUCACGGUAUUGGGGGCUGGUCUCUGAAGCCGCGUUGUCAACUGGUAGGACCUUCCAGGUAGCUUCAACCAUCGAGGAGCGUCUCAAAGCAGCCGGAUUUGUCGAUGUUACCGUGAGGAAGGAGAUGUGGCCGAUGGGGCUAUGGCCGAAGGACGAGCGUAUGAAGGAGAUUGGUCGCAUAGGGAGGAUUGGACUCAGGAGUGCUUUUCACGCUUUUGCCACAGCGCUGCUCACGAGAGUGCUAGGUUGGGAUAAGGCGGAGGUAGAGAAACUUUGCCAGGAGGCGAUACAGGAGGUUAAUGAGGGGAGCGGGCAGCUCUACGCUACUGCGUGA